ACACGUCCAUUGCCAGGGAUCGACGUAUCAGGGUUGCAUUUGGGCCGCCCACAUGUGGAACAGGCUAUUGUAGAAACGGCACGCAUGCAAUUAAGCAGUUCACGCAACGCCAUAGGUUGUGAAAGGGAGGUUGAGCUCUCCAGGUUGUCUAUUAACAAUGAGCCACUUAUUUUUAAUGACAAUAUCGGCGCCGCGCCUGCUGAAUCAAACGGAUCACGGGAAUCUGCUAGGAGGCAAAAGCUAAUAUCUCUAUAUAGUGAUAUUUUGGACUUACUUAAGCAAAAUAGGACGAAGGCACCUCCAGUGCCUAUUCAACAAAGCAAGCAGACGAAAACUAUAUUGGUUCCCGUUCCGGCAGACAGCAAACGCAAGCCCCGAGCCAACAAGGAUUCCAGGAGACAACACGAAACAAGUAAGAGUAGAAGUAAAUCACCAGACGAUGUAAUGUCUACGGACACCUUGCCUAUGGCGCCAUCUGCAGCACCUCUAUCAGAAACUAAAGAAGCUGCUGCGACACCGUUGGCACAUGAAAAAACGUCGAUAACUGCAGGCGGAGUAGAGUAUAAUAACAAGUUGCCUUCAAAUCCGUCAGUCGGCAAAGAGGAAGGAUUAGCAGCCUCAGAAGCAGAAAACCUAGAUACAGUUGUUGCGCCAUCGACAUUUGAAAAUCAAGAUGAAGCGUUCAGCGACAAUCUACUUUCAUCGGCUCCUCAAUCAGACGCAGAAGAUUCACAUACAUUAUCGGAUAUUGGUGAACGCAACCAUGAACUUGAUAUCUCCGAUGAUGUUAUGGAAGAACAACCAUCUAUUCGAAAUGAGUCACUACAAAGCAGUGAUACUAUACCAUUGUCUGAACCAGAGGUCCCUCCUAGUGAUUCAACGCCAUUAUCGCCAGACUCAAUAUCAAGUGUUCUUGAGCAAAAUAUCGCAAUUCGUAUUUCUUCAUCAAUCAAUGACGUUUCACCCAGCAGAGUUUCGGAUUCCGAUUUUAGCGACCGAUCGUGCCAAGAUGUUACCUCGUUACAUGAAAAUGAAUCAACCGUUUCUUCACAUAGUCCGCCGGAUGCAGAACUGGAUGAUAACAAACUAGCACCCGAUGCAAUGUCGUGGUCGGAUAGCAUAUCAAGUGAAACAAGUUUGACUCCGGAUGACAAGGAGGCAUUUAGCCCUAUAGUCUCGCAUGAAGAUGAUGCUCCAGUGGCACAACCUGUAACGUCUGUCGCCACAAAUGUGGAUGAAAGUGAAACGGAUAUGAUAGUAAAUGACGAUGUUGAGCCUCCGCUAUCGUUAGGCACAAACGUAGUUUCCGUAGAACAUUCUAUUCAUUCUACAUCAAGGUCAAGCACUCAAGAUAAUGUUGAAGAGGCGAGACAUAUCUCAAAGCCUCCAUCAGCUAUAUCGGAUACUGAAAGCAUCAGUGGUUAUUCGGAAACUCCUUCUCUUGAGUAUGAAAACUCUACAGUCGUACUUCCUGGCGCUUCAAUUCAGCCUUUGACGGAGCAGAAACGACAGAUUCUAGAUGCUUUAAUGUUGUUGUUGGAAAGUGUCCCAAUUUUAAAGGAUCUACCAAAAGAAAGGUUACGUAGCCUACUUCCUUACUUCAAGCUGCAGUCAUAUCCGCCUAGAGCAGCUAUUAUUCUAGCUGGUGAGAAACCACGUUAUUUCUACAUUUUAGCAUCGGGAACUGUAUCUGCGUAUUCUUACGAGGGGGUGAACAAACCGAAUCGAUUGCUGCGCAAGUACCUUAAUACUGACUAUUUUGGGGAGUUAUCGCUGAUUAACAAGCAGGCCUGUACAUCUUACAUUAUUGCAGAGAGCCAUGUGACGGUGCAGACAAUGUCAGGAUCAAAUUUCUUGAAGCUUCUGAAAGACUUGCUGCCCAAAUUUAGAGAACGUGCUUUGGCUUCGUACUCUUCCAACAAAAAUGACGACACUAACGCUGAAGUUACGACUGUUAAGAAAGAUUUCCCAGAUGUGUCUCAGUUCAUAAGCGGUAUACCUAUUGUCAACGUACUUGCCAAGCAGCAGAAUGUAGCCAAACUCUUCAGAUACAGGGAACUAUCUGACGGUGAGAUCCUUGUGAAAUCCAUUCUAGAGUUACGUGAUUUGUGUGUUGUUUAUAAAGGUGCCCUCGAUGUAAAGCUACACGGAUCUAAAAAGAUUGCUGUUAUAGACCCCAAAUCAUUUAUCGGUGGUGUAGACUGUUUUGAUAGCCAAGUAGUUGAUGCCAUGGCAUCAAGUCAUUUGGUUGCUAGUGGUGACACUUUAUUGCUCAUUUUAGACGGUGAUAUAUUGAGAGAGCGAUGUAAAAAUGUACUGGAACAUGUACGUCAUUUUCUGGAGCAAUACUUCCGGGACAAAUUGCAGGAGCUUGAGCUUCUGCAGGGCGUAGACAGUUUAUCAGCGCGUUUUGAGCGUAUAACCCAUUCGGUCAAUGCAACUAUUAGUCUAACUCAGCAAAGCUCUAUAGCAGGUUCAUUUAUUAAUGACUCCUCUGAAGGUGAACUGGAUUCUGAAGAUGGAUCUCCUGUUUCUGUUAGCACCGAUACACCUUAUGUAUCCGCUUUAACUGGAUCUAAGAUGUCUUUUGUAGAGACUCCGAAUGACAGUAUUGAAACGAAAAGCAUGGAAGAUGAUAGUGAUAUUAUGUCGUCAUCUAAAGAAGCAUCUAUUCAAUCGAAUGAUAGAAGCGACGCUCCUGCUGCAGCAUCUAUUAGCGUUGCAAGCAGUAUUCAACAAAAUGAUUUGGAUUCUGAUACUAUGGUGACAACUGAAACCAGUGAUUUAGACGACAGUGAUUCGUUUACCAGCAAUACUAUAUAG